AUUGUUAAUGCCACUCCGACCCCGCAUGCUAGAAAACAUGUGGAUGAAUUGAGGAAAUGAAAUGUUACCGCCAAAUUUCCCUGAAGAAUAGGAAGAAGAAGAAGAAGAAAAAAAAGAAGCCAAAUGGCUUCGGCUGCGAAGACGCUAAGAGAUUUCUUUCAACCAGCAGCAAAGCGCCUAAAGGUAGUGUCAGUCUCCUCUUCCGAUCCUCCAAGGACCCUUAAUCUCUGUACCGAUUCCAUCGGAGAUUCUUCCUCCGAGCAAAGAUCCCGCAUUCAGUUCAACAAACAUCGCGCAAAGUCCAAGCGAAAUCUUAAUCAUUGUCUCCAGUUAGUUUCCAACUCUAAAAGCUAUGUGAAAUUGGAGGAGCUGUUAGUGGAGGAGACUUGGGUGGAAGCGCUUCCUGGGGAGCUACAGAAGCCAUACGCGAAGACUCUAUGCAAAUUUAUUGAGAAAGAGAUAAGUUGUGAAAGUGAACCAAUAUAUCCACCCCAACAUUUGAUCUUCAAUGCCCUCAAUUCCACACCUUUUGAUAGAAUUAAGGCUGUCAUUAUUGGACAGGAUCCUUACCAUGGCCCCGGUCAAGCAAUGGGUCUUUCCUUUUCUGUUCCUGAGGAUGUUAAGGUUCCUUCAAGCCUUGUUAACAUUUUUAAGGAACUUAAACAAGAUCUUGGCUGUUCCAUUCCUUCUCAUGGAAAUCUUCAAAAAUGGGCUCUUCAGGGCGUUCUAUUGCUCAAUACUGUUCUUACAGUUAGAAAUCAUCAGGCAAAUUCUCAUGCUAAAAAAGGAUGGGAACAAUUUACAGAUUCUGUUAUCAGAUUAAUUUCACAGAGAAAGGAAGGAGUCGUUUUUCUCCUUUGGGGAAACUCUGCUCAAGAGAAAUCCAAGUUAAUUGAUGAGACAAGGCAUUACAUUUUGAAGGCAGCACAUCCUUCUGGUUUAUCUGCAAACAGAGGCUUCUUUGGCUGCAGGCACUUCUCUAAAACAAACCAGCUUCUGGAGCAAAAGGGAAAUCCCCCAAUAGAUUGGCAGCUAUGAUUUGACAAUUGGCUACGGUGAAUGUUCUAGUAAGACAAGUUUGGGGCCUCUGUUCAUCCUUCGCAUUUUCUGGUAUUGGGAGAUAUAUUUCUGUAGAUUUCCUUACAUUAGUCUCAUGCACCAUGUCUACUGGCUGCCGGAUAUUUGCAUGGUUGACAUGUAUUUUAGGUUCAGGCACCAUGGCUAUUGGUUGCCAGAAAUUGCAUAGUUGACAUGUAAUUUGACAUUUUGCCUUUUGCCGAACUCCCUGAAUUCUGCCAAUGCCCAGACCCUCCCUUUUUCAAUGGAAUUAUGAAACGCUAUAUUCUGCUA